AUGAGUAUCUAUUCGCAUCGAAUGCCAAGUUCCCGUUUUCGGGAUUCUAUUAACCUCACUUCAUCUACCAUGACCAGGCAGCAACGACACCUUUGGAUAUGUUCACAGAUACAUUCUAGAAUAAUCUUCCUCAUGGUGCAGAUUUUGAUGAUCAUUUUAUCUCUGGUAAUAUUGAUUAACAAUUUCACUAAAUUGCACGAGGCUAGUUGGGGACAAUUUUUCAUCGCUUAUGCUCUACUCUUUGGAGCUAUUACUGGAAUUUGGGCACUAAAACUUGUGGACAACACGUAUCAAAAAGAUCAUCGAGUAAAGAAACAUUACUGCAUCCCUCCUAAAUUCAUCAUUAUUCCAUCUUACAUUGUACAGAUCGGUUUCAUAAUUCUAUUCGCGUACGAAACCUUCCACUAUUUGGUAACAAAAAUAUCAUCGUUUAUGGAACUUUCGCCGUUGUUUGUAUUGUUUGGUGUUUUAAUUCCAAUUUGGCUGAUAUGGAUCAUAAUUUUGUAUGUUUUCGCCGCGGAAAUUAAUUGCUUUAUAUACGUGGUCAAUCGUUCUCGUCAUUGGCGUUCUGGGCAAUAUCCUUUGCUAAAUAUGCGUACCUCAAAUAAUGCAAGGCGUCCGUUUAAUCCAACAUCGUCACGAAAACAUCUUGCCACGGACACACUGCAAGAGCGUGAACGAACGAAGUUGUCGGAUUCAGUUGCUAUUGUCAAUAGUGGAUCAAGGAAAACGUAUAAUAACACGGAAACCAGAAUUGAAGUGAUUCCUUCCAUUCAUGCAACAGAAAAGAUGGCACCAUGUUUCUCGGAAUAUUCACGAAUGGGUAUCUCGAUGAUCAGUUCUCAGCUGGAAACCGUUCCAGAAGAAUCCUCAAAAUCUACAAAUUCUUUACCAUGA